AUGCGGUGGAUUCCUUCUCCAGGGGGUUCAAUGCUAGUGUCUCGUGGAUUGCUACAUAAAAUAAGACCGUCGCCUUCAGCUCAAUUGCCACUCUCUGUCUUCCCAUCUUCCUCCUUCGUCUUUGGUUCUCGCUGCCAUAGUGGUGCUGCUGUGACUCAGAAAUCCAGAAUGGCUCGGUUUCCCUCACAACAAAGUCGUCCGGUCCAUGCGACCCCCCAUGUGAACCACAAUGGGCCAAUUGAACAAAAUUAUGACACCGCCAACCCGGCCUAUAUUCGCAAGUAUCUCCGCACAUACGGCCUGACUCCUCCUCGCCCAGAAAGCUACGAGACCCAGAAGACACGGUGUCUCGCCCAGUUGGCCUUGAAGCAAACCCCCAUCGAUAAAUUCCUCUAUCUCAGCACUCUCCGUAAGAACAAUGUGCACCUGUUUUACCGUCUGGUCACAGAUCAUCUUAGGGAAUUGACUCCCCUCAUCUAUACCCCGGUCGUUGGCGAAGCCUGCCAGAGGUGGUCCGAGAUCUACCAGCAGCCGGAAGGUAUGUACCUUAGCUGGGAAGACCGGGGUAACUUGGCCUCUGUCAUUGCCAACUGGCCCCAGCCCAACGUUGAGAUCACAUGCAUCACCGAUGGUUCCCGAAUUCUCGGACUAGGUGACCUUGGCAUCAACGGAAUGGGUAUUCCCAUUGGCAAGUUGGCUCUCUACACCACAUGUGCUGGUAUCCGACCCGAGGCCACUCUCCCUUUGACUCUAGAUCUCGGCACAAGCAACAAGGCUCUCCGGGAAGACCCGCUCUACUUAGGUAGCCGCCGCGAUAAGAUCACUCCCGAUGAGGAGCGGGAGUUCUUGGACGAGCUGAUGGCCGCCCUGACGGAGCGCUGGCCGGGUAUCGUCAUUCAGUUUGAAGACUUCAAGAAUCCAUUCCCUGCGCUCGAACGGUAUCAGGAUGUCUACACAUGCUUCAACGAUGACAUCCAGGGUACUGGUGCCGUGAUCCUCGGUGGUGUCAUCAAUGCUGUGAAGCGCUCAGGGGUCCCUUGCAAGGACCAGCGUGCAGUUUUCUUCGGUGCGGGAAGUGCCGGAGUGGGUGUUGCGAAGCAGAUUGUUGCUUUCUUCAUGCGCGAGGGCAUGACCGAGGAUGAAGCUCGGUCAUGCUUCUGGCUCGUCGACACCAAAGGUCUUGUGACAGCAGACCGCGGUGACAAGCUUGCCGAACACAAGGUCUACUUUGCUCGCACAGACAAUGCGGGCCAGCAGUUCAAGACCUUGGAGGAAGUCGUCGACCACGUCAAGCCCUCGAUCCUGAUGGGUCUUUCCACCCAAGGUGGCGUUUUCACACCCGAGAUCCUGCGUAAGAUGGCUGAGUGGAACACCAACCCGAUGAUCUUCCCUCUCUCCAACCCUUCGUCUAAAUCUGAGUGUGACUUUGAGACCGCCGUGACAAACACCGACGGUCGUGUCCUCUUCGCCUCUGGCUCCCCCUUCCCUACAAUGUCUUUCACCAACUCGGCGGGUGAGACAAAGAUGUACUACCCCGGCCAGGGUAACAACAUGUAUGUUUUCCCUGGUAUUGGACUGGGCACAAUCCUGUCCAAGGCCGUCAAGGUCACCGACAGCAUGAUCUAUGCCUCCGGUGAGGCUCUCUCCAAGGCCCUCACCGCGGAGGAGAUUGAGCGUGGUCUCCUCUACCCUGAUCUGACCCGCAUUCGCAAGGUCAGCGUUGUCGUGGCUCGCAACGUUAUCCGGGCUGCUCAAGAAGCCAAAGUUGAUCGUGAGACUACUCUCCGAACGAUGGAUGAUGAAACUCUUGAUGCGUGGAUCAAGAGUCGCAUGUAUGACCCACACACUGAGGUUCAAUCUCUGGAGCGGGAAGUUGGCUCUAUCCUGUCUACCCUGGGUGCUCCUCAACAGUUUGUGAAUGGCUCUUCAGACGAGGCUAAGCUGUAA